UCUACUAAAUCCUCAGCCUCACCAAAUAGAAAAAAAUUCAGUACUUCAUUCACAACCAAAAAACUAACACAAGAAAUACAGUUCACUAAAAAGCAGCAAAAUGAAGCCAGUGGUGCAGGAAAACAAGGAGAAAGUUGACACGAAAAACGUCGACAAAAUUAAGUAUAUUGAAAGAAAGUUAACAGAAAAAGGAGUGCAGAGAUUGGAAAGACAUCCAGCAGAUGGGCUACCAUUGAAACAUGAUCCGAAGAAAGGACAUGGCGGAAAGUAUACUUGGGAAGGACCUGAUAAGGAAGCUGUGAAUGAAUUGGAUCCUGCGCCACCGGCAUUGGACGAGAAAGAUCCGAACUAUUUGGAUGAAGAAGCAGAGGAGAAGCUGAUAAAAGAGGAGGAAUUAGGUGGUGUUGUUCUUGGUGAAGUUGAAGUGGCAAAAAUGGCUGAAGAAGGUGUUGCUAGAGUUGAUGUUGAUCCUCAUUUGAAACUCAAUUAGUUUUCUUGUUUAACCGCUUGUUUGGAUGGUUAAACGUAUUGUUAUUUUAAAUACAAUGUUUGUUUUAGUUGUACUUACAUUUUAUUGUAUCGUAUCGUUUAAAUUCGUCCUUACGUAAUGACGAAAAAUGCUACUUUAUGAAACGAUAGAUUUGGUGUGGUUGCGUUA